AUGGCAGCAAUGGGUCAAGUAAAAGCCCUUCAAUCAAAGAAUCUUAGAAGCAUUGCUCAAAUUGCUGAAGCCCCUUUGACUACAAUCGAGGAAGCCCUUGGCGAUGCUAAGACGGCAAAGAGUCUACACACCGCGUGCAAGAGCCACGAAAAGAAGAGUGGUACCAAGCGUGCAGCAGAAGAUGGAUCUGCUACUACCACUGAGGCAAAGAAACCAAAAAUUGAAGCCCAUCGACGAGAUCUGGAUUACAGUGCAAUGUCUGGAGAUGAUCUUGAAGCAGCACUGGAGUUACCCCUCGAGGAAGACGAGGACAUUAUUCGCAACACCACCGUCAUCACAAACAGAGCACCAUUAUUCUUGGCGUUUGCCGUCGAAUUAUUGAGAUUCACCAUGCCGGAACAGCCUCCGAGUAGUCGGCUGAGCCUCGCCCAAGCGGUCGUGAGCGCUAAUUCACGAACAAAAGCUGUAAGUAUAGGUAUUGAAAAAACUCCUCCAGGUGGCCAAGAAAAAGCCCCCGAGGGACAACCAAAGAUUACAAUUAUGAACCGUGCCGUUCCGGUUCUCAAACGAAGCGGAUACACCUGGUCAGGUUCUUCUCAACCUACGUCGUCCACCGCUUCCUCAGCAACCCUUCGAGGCAGUCAACCGAACCCGAAAGGCUGGACCGCAAGUCAAAAGUUGUCUUCGAGAGGGUCUGUGUUCAUAGCCCAUGCGACACCUAUAAGCUCACCUUCUACACGCGGAACAGUCUUCAAAUCUUUGAUGGCGGAGAAACCAGAACUUGAGACUGCAACACACAACGCCUGGGCUAUCCGAACCAGCUAUGGAAACUCGCCUCUCAAGCAAGAAGCUUCUUUUGAUGAUGGUGAAUCGGGAUGUGGAAACUUUUUGCUUCAACAACUACGUGAUCUUGAUAUCAGCAACACGCUUGUUGUGCUUACGAGAUGGUAUGGUGGUGUCAUGCUCGGCCCGGAUCGCUGGAGACUCAUGAGAGAAUGUCUCAACGACGCUCUAUCAUCGCAGAAGCGUACAUCUAGUCUUAACGGCGAACCUGUCUGGGCUCUUGAUCUAGAAGACAAGAACCCAUCAACUUCGACCGUGGGUAUGCCAAUCCACCGACCAGAAGGCGCACGAAACUAUAUACUACGAGCUUUUGCGCCGGUUGAAGAUAGCGGGAAGAAGACAGUUACAGCAGCAAAUGAAGAGAAACAUGAGAAUCUAGGCCGUGUUCUUGGUGCAUUACGACUCCUGUUUGCAAGCUGGGCCAGUACUCUGGGCCACGAUGAGUUAGACAAGCGAGCGUGGACUUGGUAUAUCAAUCUUCGGCCAGAUGUCGAUGCUGGCCCUGCAGGGUGGGGAGCCAAGGGGACUUUGAAUCUGGGAAAGAUAUUAGAUUUGAGGAGGAAAGAGAGUACAUGA